AUGGUGUCAACAGCGUUGGGCGUAAGUGUUAAGAGAAGGAAGAAGACUAAUAUUGCGUGUAUAAACUGUUCCAAGUCGCAUGUAACAUGUGAGAGUAAAAGGCCUUGUUCUCAAUGUAUUAAGAAAGGUUUAGAUGUGACGUGCGUGAAUGCGCCUAGGAAGCGGCGUAAGUAUCUAGCAGAUGUUCCAGAAGAUCAGCUUCCAGUUCCACUUAAGCAGUUGGAAGAGGAAGGGGAGGGGGGCGGGGAAGAGACAACGAUUCUGGCGGAGAUGUCUAAUGGGCUAGUGGUAACACAUAUGGAUGCAGGUAAUGAGAGCCAGUUUAGAGACCGUGAACACCAGUUUCAGGAUCAGGAUCGAAUUGUUCAUAAGCCGAGGUUUCUCUCUAGUGCGGCAAAUCUGGAGUAUUCUACUUUAUCGGAUAUCAUACAUCAGGAUACUUUACUGAAUAAAAUCCCUGUAAGUUUGUUAUAUAACGGCACAGAUUCAUCUACUCCAUCUCCAGAUGCCUUUACAACUAGUCAUGCUAAUAAUAUUUCACCCCGAGAACAACAGCAGCGUUCUGUUUCACAACUUACAAUGGGUAGGCCAAUGUCUGGAUUAAUGAAUGACGUCUCGACCGGUCGGUAUGCUCUAGGAAACUUACUUGGUCCACAUACUGAAGAAAUAUUGUGUUCUAAUGUCGAUAUAAUGAAAGUUCAUUUUCCGUUGAUACCAACGGAAGUAACUGAUGAUACGCUCGAUUUCAAACGCCUGUUACAAUCGGCGAACAUACCACAGAAGUUCAGAUAUGAUAAAUCUGUUAACCAGCAUUUCUUAUCGUUGGAUUGCACGUUGCCUGAAGUCGGAAAUAUAGGUAAGGGCUUGGAUGCUGGUGGGAGAUCCCUCAGUUUUUCAGUUGAAAGCAAAUCUCCAGAUGAGCAUUUGGUGCAGUAUCGCCCAGAUUGGCCCCACUCCCUCCGCUAUGGUACACCGAUGGAGAUAUAUACAUUAGUUUCCGAACCGUUCAGUCAUACAUCAGGCUUCCACUCCUUACUCAAGUAUCUUCACAGCAGAUUCGGACGCCGGGAUUUGGUUGACAUGUGUAGGUCCAUCGCAGAAUUUAGACCUAUAUUCAUCGCUUCGGCUGUGGAUCUUACAGAAGAAGACAUGAUAUUCAUGGAACAGAGCUAUCAACGCACAUUGCUCGAAUACGAUAAAUUUAUUUCACAAAUUGGCACUCCAACUUGUGUUUGGCGUAGAAACGGCCAAAUCUCAUAUCUAAAUGACGAAUUUAGUGUGUUAACUGGCUGGACCCGCGAAGAGCUCCUUAACAAAAUGACAUUCAUAGUAGAGCUCAUGGAUGACUCCAGCGUCAGAGAGUACUUUAAAACUUUUAGCAAAGUAGCUUACAAAGAUUUUAAAGGCUUUGAACAAAUGGAAACUUGCACGCUGUUAACACCGAUUAAAGGAAGAUCCAUAAACUGUUGUUGCAUGUGGACAUGGAAACGAGACGUCUUUGGUAUGCCUAUGAUGAUCGUUGGUCACUUUCUGCCUAUCAUACCCAUCCCAGUAGCAAUAAAGCAUAGUACCCUUUCAACUUCUGAAUUAGAUAUCGACGAUAUAGAACCCAAAGUGAAGAACAAAGAAGGGAUCCACCCCUCAUCUUCUAUCUGA